AUGUCCCGACGGUCCGCGCGCAGCUCCGCGGGUGGCAGCCGCAGCCAGGCGCUGAGCGAGAUCCGCCGCCUGCGCGACGCCGUCGUUGGCGACGACGAAGACAAGAAGGUCCGGCGCAUCGACACGUACAACGCGGCCGAGUCCAGCAUCUACCAGGAGGUGACCGAGGAAGAGUACAACGAGCUGGUCCGGAAGCGCCGCGAAGAGCUGCCCUUUGUCGAGGACGAUGAAGGUGGCAUGGGCUACUAUGACGACGGCGAGGAGCAGUACUUUGACGCCGACCCUGACGGCGACGAAGAGAUGGUCGACGACGCCGACACGGACGUCUCCGGCAAGAAGCGCCCCAACACGGGCGCCCUCUCGAGCGCCUAUGUGAAGCGCGCCAAAAAGAUUCAACGCGCAAAACUCGGCGCUGGUGACCAAAAGAUCACGAGCAUGUUCUUCUCCAAGCCAGGAGGCGCCCCAGAGGUCAAGGCUGCGUCCAAGCCUAAGCACGUCAAGCGCGAUAUUGAUCUCGAUAGCAUGCUCGAUGACCUGACGAGCAACCCCAUGGAGAAGACGCUGCCGCGGUCUGUCCGCACAUUCCCCACCGCACCAACGCCAUUCGCACGCCCGGCAAAGCCUGCGACUCGCAGUCCUGCAUUUUCCGCGCCUACGUCGCAUGCGCGAAGCAAACCAAAUGACGCGGUUUUCAACGAAGCACCUCUCCCAGAGCGCAGCUUGACGAAGCGCGAGAUGCUCCUGAAGAAGGCCCGCGAGAACCGUAUUGAAGCGUCCGUUGGUGCCGCAAAAGCCAUGGUCAAGCAAGAACCCGAACCUCUCGUCGAGGCCCCGGCCGCGCCAGUUCCGGCCAUCGAUCUUGCAGUGCCUUCAAACGAAGUCAACGAGUGGUGGAGUCGCAGCGAUGCACCUGACACGGUGGAUGUCACGGAAGCCAACGCCUCGAAUUCCCAUCUCGAGGCUGCAACGGACGAGCUUCACAUGUUUUGGAUCGACGUCGUGGAAGUCCGUGACCGCCCUGGAAAGCUCUACGUCAUCGGCAAGACCAAGGAUGGUGAUGCGCUCAAGAGCUGCUGCGUCGUCGUCAACAACCUCCAACGCUACCUCUACGUCGUGCCCAAGGUCCCGGACAACCUCAAGAGCUCGUACCCGACGAUGGCAGACCUACCGAAAGACGAGCAACAGGCGCUUUGGAUGACGAUGCAUCGCGAAAUCAGCGCGCUCCUCAUGCCGUCCAUCAUCAAAGAGCGCAAGGACCAGCAAGAGUUCCGCACCAAGCUCGUCGAGCGCAGCUAUGCAUUUGAGCUUCCGGACGUACCUCGGGGCAAGAAUGUUUACCUCAAAGUCAAGUACCCGGCCAAGUACGGAGUGCCAUCGCCGGACGUAUGCCAGAAGGGUGGGUCGUCGUUCUCGCGCAUCAUUGGUGCCACCGUGCGUCCACUCGAGACGUUCCUCAUCCGCCGAAAGCUCCUCGGGCCCUCGUGGGUGCGUGUCGCGGGUGCGCAACGGGUCGUCCAGAACCAAAAUAGCUACUGCAAGGUCGAAUAUGAAGCCCCGAGCCCUUGCGCCAUCUCGACGCUCAUGGGGCUGCCGGCGCCGCCGCUCACCGUCAUGAGUCUCAGUUUGAAGACGUGCUGCAACCCGCACUCGCACAAGCACGAGGUUGUCGCGUUCUCUGCCAUCACGGAGAGCAACGUAAACCCGGAGGGCACAGUCACGAAGAAGAGCCAAAUCUCGCACUUCUCUGGCAUUCGCCCGUUCAUGAGCGACAAGUUCCCGGACGGCUACGCCCAGGCUGCGCAGAAGAACGAACGAUUCCGCGCGCCGCAGUGCUUAAGCCUCGAGAUGAGCGAAAAGGCGCUUCUCAGCUUCUUCCUCGCGCGAGUCCAGCGGGAGGACCCGGAUCUGAUCGUGGGCCACAACUUGCACGGGUAUACGCUUGACGUUUUGCUCUCACGCAUGGACAACUACAAGCUCGGAGGGUCGUGGUCGCGCCUCACGCGGCUUCGGCGCGGGAUGCUCAUGCCCAUGAACGCUGGCGAGGGCUGGAACGAGUACCGUCUUGAUGACAUGUCCAAUGGGCGGCUAUUUUGCGACACGUUCGUCGCUGCCAAGGAGCUUUUGACGUCGCAAUCGACCUACUCGCUCACACACCUUGUCGCGACGCAGCUUCAGAAGACCCGGGUUGAAGUCGAGAUGACUGACCUGCCGUCGAUCCUCACGUCGAGCGCUGAGAACUUUGUCAAGCUGCUGCAACACACACUCGAUGACGCCAUGUUUGUGCUGCAGCUCAUGCACAAACUUGAGGUGCUCCCGCUCUCUAAGCAGCUUGCGAACCUCUGCGGGUACCUCUGGAGCCGAACGCUGAUGGCCAACAAGCGCGCUGAGCGCAUCGAAUACCUCCUCUUGCACGAAUUUGACGUCUCGAAGCACAAGUUCAUCGUGCCGGAAAAGUUCAAGGCCGAGAACAAGGCCAAGUCCAAGAAGCGUCGCGAGGCUGCGGGGUACGCGGGCGGCAUGGUCUUUGCGCCGAAGAAGGGUCUGUACGACAACUUUGUCGUGCUCCUCGAUUUCAACUCGCUCUAUCCGAGCAUCAUCCGCGAGUACAACAUUUGUUUCACGACCGUUGUGAUGCCGAGUCACGGCGACGUGCCAGAGCUUCCGAGCGCGACGGCGGUGGAAGGCGUCUUGCCGCAGGUCAUCAAGCGGCUCCUAGAGUCGCGCAAGCAGGUCAAGAACCAACUCAAGGCCGAGGAAGCCGCGGGGCAGGUCGAGAAGGCCAAGCGCCUCGACAUCCGCCAGCGCGCCAUCAAGCUGACUGCCAACUCGAUGUAUGGUUGUCUCGGCUUUCGCUACUCGCGCUUCUACGCCAAACCGAUUGCAGCGCUCAUCACAUCGACCGGUCGGCAGACACUUUUACGCGCGCAAGAGGUCGCGGAGCAAGAGUGCGGCUACGACGUCAUUUAUGGCGACACGGACUCGAUCAUGGUCGACUCCCGCAGUGACAAGCUCGAAGACGCCAAGCGUAUUGGUCGCGAGAUCCAGGUUCAGUGCAACAAGCACUUCAAGCUGCUCGAGCUCGAAGUCGACUACAUCUUCAAGACGAUCCUGCUUCUCAACAAGAAAAAGUAUGCUUCGCUCGUCGUGAAGGAGCGCAACGGGCUCGUCACGUUUGAGAAGGAGGUCAAGGGCCUUGACCUGGUGCGCCGAGACUGGUGCGUGCUCUCCAAGGGCGUCGGUAACGACAUCCUCGACGUCAUUCUCUCGGGACUCGCGCGCGAUGAGACUGUCGAAAAGAUCCACGACUAUCUCCGCGAUCUCGCCGAGAGAAUGCGUGCAGGCAAUGAGCCGCUUGAGCAGUAUGUCAUCACCAAAAGUCUCAACAAGCCGCCAGAGCAGUACCCAGACAAGGCCAAGCAGUAUCAUGUGCAAGUGGCAUUGGCGCUGCGCAGUCAAGGCAAGGCCAUCGGUGUCGGGACGCACAUCCCGUAUGUGCUCUGCAAGGAAGAAGAGUCGGGAAGCCAGCGCCGCGCAUACCAUCCAGAUGAGAUCAAGCGCUCGCAGGGCAAACUCAAUGUCGACAUUGAGUGGUACCUCGAAGCCCAGAUCCACCCGCCCGUGAACCGUCUCUGCGCACACAUUGACGGCACCUCGAGUCCGCAGCUGGCCCACUGCCUCGGCUUGGACACGAGCAAGUUCUCGCAUGCCGCGCGCAACGUCGGCGAUGAUGAGGUCGACGAGAUUCCAAGCGUCCUCCAGCACGACUCUGAUCGCUUCAAGGCCUGCGCACCGCUCCGCCUGACGUGUGCGAAAUGCAAGGAAGCUUGUGCAUUUCCAGGCAUCUUGGUCGCGCGCGCCGAUGGUGGCACAGUGACGGGGCUGCAAUGUCCGAGUUGCAGCGCCGCUUUCUGGGGCUACGAAGGCAACGAUGGCGAAGACCUUUUUGUGCUGCUGUCCAACCGCAUGCACCUGGCGAUCCGCGAGUGCUCAAAACGCUACUACCAGGGUUGGGCCGUUUGCACCGACGGCUCAUGUGGGGCACGGACGCAGAAGCAGUCGCUGCGUGGACGCAAGGGUGAUGCCUGCGCGAUGCCUGGAUGCCGCGGCGCCGUCGUCAUGGAGUACACGGACCAAGCGCUUUACACACAGCUCAAGUACUUUGAGUCGCUCGUGAACGCAGACCGCGCCCUGGGUCAGCUCGAGCCGUCGCGCCAGGAUGCCAAGUUUCUCAUUCAGGACCAGGAAAAAGCCAUUUUCGACAAGCUACGCACACAGAUUCAAGAUGUUAUCGAGCACAACGACUACAACUGGGUGCAGCCGACGAUGUGGACGAGCCUCUUUUCGUGAGCUUCGAA